GAUUUGGGACUUGAAUGCAAUAUUUCAGAAAUUGAAAAAUGUGUUUGCGUUUGGAACAGUAGAAUCGCAUACUGUUCAAAACCUUAUCAGAAACGCAAAAUGGGAUGUGAUUUGCUGUACUGCUUACUGCAUUUUGGGAUUUGCAGUACAGUUGGAGAUGGUCUAAUAAUUGUGUGAUUGUUUGUCAUAAUUUUUAGAAAUUGCACCAGACUUCAUUUCUUCUGCCGCAGUUGCUACUGCUGCUGGAUGCAAUGUGGUCAAAUUUAUGGCUUCUGAUGUUGAUUUGGUGUGUUCCUUGUGUUUAUGCUCUUGUCUGUGAAUAAUGAGCUACAUCUGUACUUCAUUUUGCAGAUGUAGUUAGUUCUUCAAGUCACUUGGCUGCUGAAUUUCGAAAUUCUUCUUUUUGCUAAAGAGCUGAAGCUUUCUGCAAACAACCUGACUGAUUAGUGCAUCUUUUGUUGUUACUCCUAAGCAAUUUUUUUUUACUAAGACACGAAACCAAUACAACUUUGUAAAGAUUGCUUCUGGGAGUACACACACAAACAUGUUACGUACAAAAUCGAGUUGCUGUAUAUUUAAUUACCACCGAAGUUUUUGUUGUUCAGUUUGAGGAGAUAUCAUCAGAGUUUUUGUUGGUUGCAAGUUGAGUGUAACUACUAUUUGUAGCUCUUGUUUUUGGUAGCUAGGCUAGAGUAUCGUCAUUUCAUGAUGUUUGUUGGAUUCUAAAAAUUGUAGAUGAUUAGAGGGGCAUGUAAAUAUAUAUCUCUCUUUGACGUGCACCUUUGCACCAAGAUCUAGUCACGUUUGUUGCUGCACAUCAUGAUUGAAUUGCUUUCUUGAUUUUUAGUGAAAAUGUUCUUUUGGCAUUUACUUUUUCUAACCGAAACAAUGCAAAAUAAACUUUGGAUGCUUUGAUUUUAGUUGAAUGGACUCACUAUUUACAAAAUUUUUGUGGCUUUGGACUGACGUAAGUUGGAUCCGAUAUCCUUUGUUUAAUUGUGUAUAUCCAGUCCCACAUAAAAUACCUAGUUUCUUUUCUGUUACUCCUCAAAGUUUUUUGUUGGUAUACCGUAUACAAUCUACUGUAUUAUUGAAGGGACAAACUUGUGAGAUCUAGGUGCAGGCUUAUAGUAAUAUUUGGAAAAGGCAUUUGCUGCAUUCUUCCAUUGGAAUUGAUGCGGCCUCUACUUUAUCACAAUGGCAGAUCUAGAGGCCCCCCUACGUCCCAAGAGAAAGAAGAUUUGGGUGGACUACUUUGUCCAGUUCCGAUGGAUAAUUGUUAUCUUUGUUGUCCUUCCAAUUUCAUUCACGCUAUACUUCCUCACAUAUCUUGGGGAUGUGUGGUCCGAGUCUAAAUCAUUCAAGAAGCGUCAAAAGGAACAUGACGAAAAUGUCGAGAAAGUUGUGAAGCGACUCAAGGAGAGGAACCCAAAGAAGGAUGGUUUAGUCUGCACAGCCCGUAAGCCAUGGAUUGCUGUUGGAAUGCGCAAUGUUGACUACAAGCGUGCUCGCCAUUUUGAGGUUGACCUUUCUGCCUUCAGAAAUGUUCUGGAGAUUGACCAGGAGAGAAUGGUAGCUAGAGUUGAACCUUUGGUCAAUAUGGGUCAGAUUUCCAGGGUCACUGUCCCGAUGAAUCUGUCUCUUGCAGUUGUUGCAGAGCUUGAUGAUCUUACUGUUGGAGGUCUGAUCAAUGGCUACGGUAUUGAAGGAAGCUCCCAUAUUUAUGGCCUGUUCUCCGAUACUGUUGUGGCUUAUGAAAUUGUUUUGGCAGAUGGUCGGUUGGUUAGAGCCACAAAAGACAAUGAAUACUCCGACCUUUUCUAUGCUAUCCCAUGGUCUCAGGGUACACUUGGACUCCUUGUUGCAGCUGAGAUUAAGCUCAUCCCUAUCAAAGAAUAUAUGAAGGUAACAUACAAGCCUUUAGUGGGUAAUCUUAAGGAGCUCGCCCAAGGUUAUAUUGAUUCAUUCGCACCAAGGGACGGGGAUCAGGACAAUCCUGACAAGGUACCAGACUUUGUUGAGACGAUGAUCUACUCUCCAACUGAAGCUGUCUUCAUGACAGGUUGGUAUGCUUCAAAGGAAGAAGCCAAAAAGAAGGGGAACAAGAUCAACAGUGUUGGCUGGUGGUUCAAACCCUGGUUCUACCAGCAUGCUCAGUCUGCAUUGAAGAAAGGGGAAUUUGUCGAGUAUAUCCCAACGAGAGAAUACUACCACAGGCAUACUAGGUGCUUGUACUGGGAGGGGAAACUCAUUCUUCCCUUUGCUGACCAGUGGUGGUUCAGGUUUCUCUUUGGUUGGUUGAUGCCCCCUAAGGUUUCUCUCCUCAAGGCAACUCAAGGCGACGCUAUUAGAAACUAUUACCAUGAGAUGCACGUCAUUCAGGAUAUGCUCGUCCCGCUGUACAAGGUGGGAGAUGCUCUGGAAUGGGUCCACAGAGAGAUGGAGGUAUAUCCCAUCUGGCUCUGCCCACACAGGCUGUACAAACUCCCAGUGAAAACCAUGGUGUAUCCUGAGCCAGGAUUCGAGCUGCAGCGCAGACAGGGUGAUACCCACUAUGCUCAAAUGUACACUGAUGUAGGAGUCUAUUACGCCCCCGGACCAGUCUUGAGAGGUGAGGAAUUCGACGGAUCUGAGGCAGUCCGUAGGAUGGAGAGCUGGUUGAUUGAGAACCACGGAUACCAGCCGCAGUAUGCUGUGUCCGAGCUCAGUGAGAAGAACUUCUGGAGAAUGUUUGAUGCUGGCCUCUACGAGCACGCCAGGAGGAAGUACGGAGCUGUGGGUACCUUCAUGAGCUUGUACUAUAAAUCGAAGAAAGGCAGGAAGACAGAGAAGGAGGUUCAGGAAGCUGAGCAGGCAAUCUGCGAAGCGCCUGAUACUGAGGCCGACUAGAAUGGCAGAUGCUGAGGCUGACUAGAACGGUGAAUGCCGGUUGUUGUUGUUUACAAACUUUUUCUCAGUUCUGUAUUUUCUUUACUUUUUUGCUUAUUUAUGCAUUUAUUGAAACAUGUAGUUUGCUCAAUUUGACUCUGUAGACUUUGAUUUGGAGGAAGUGAUGUUGAGUCUC